CCGUCCCGCCGGACAGCAGGACGGCGACGUGGCGGGACACCGCCCGCUGACACACUGACCCCAGAAUGCGCGCUGCAGGCGCCUACUUUCCCCGCUGGCCGCUACCCUCCUCCCGUCCGGCCCGCAGUCCACUGGGUCUCGCCUGCCCGCACUGGGGUGGGCGCUGCGCGAGCCUGGACGCACCGGUCUACGGAGCGGCGUCUCCCACCACAGCCCUGCGCCCUCGGCGCCCUCGCGUUGCCGCAGCGGUCCCCGAGGUCCCGGGUUCCAGGUGCCGGGGGCACGGCUGCACUGAGCUCCUUUGUCGUGGUGGGAGCGGGGCGCGCGAUGUGCACGCUGGCCUUUAAGUGGCAAGCGGGAAACUGCAGUCUCUGGUGUGAUCGUGACCUCGCUUGGUGUGUGCCUUGCCUAGUUUCACUUGAUACUCUUCAGGAAUAUUGUAGAAAAGAAAAGCUCACAUGUAAAUCGAUUGGAAUCACCAAAAGGAAUCUAAACAAUUAUGAGGUGGAAUACUUGUGUGACUACAAGGUAUUAAAGGAUAUGGAAUAUUAUCUUGUAAAAUGGAAAGGAUGGCCAGAUUCUACAAAUACUUGGGAACCCUUACAAAAUCUCAAGUGUCCGUUACUACUUCAACAAUUCUCUAAUGACAGGCAUAAUUAUUUAUCUCAGGUAAAGAAAGGCAAAUCAGUAAUUUCAAAAGACAAUAACAAAGCUUUGAAACCUGCUGUUGCUGAAUACAUUGUAAAGAAAGCCAAACAAAGGAUAGCUCUGCAGAGAUGGCAAGAUGAACUCAACAGAAGAAAGAAUCAUAAAGGAAUGAUAUUUGUUGAAAAUACUGUUGACUUAGAGGGUCCACCUUCAGACUUCUUCUACAUUAAUGAAUACAAACCAGCUCCUGGGAUCAGCUUAGUCAAUGAAGCUACAUUUGGUUGUUCAUGCACAGAUUGUUACUUUGAGAAAUGUUGUCCUGCUGAAGCUGGAGUUCUUUUGGCUUAUAAUAAGAACCAGCAAAUUAGAAUCCCACCUGGUACCCCCAUCUAUGAAUGCAACUCAAGGUGCCGAUGUGGACCUGAUUGUCCCAAUAGGAUUGUACAAAAAGGCACACAGUAUUCACUUUGCAUCUUUCGAACUAGCAAUGGCUGUGGCUGGGGUGUAAAAACCCUUAUGAAGAUUAAAAAAAUGAGUUUUGUCAUGGAAUAUGUUGGAGAGGUAAUCACAAGUGAAGAAGCUGAAAGACGGGGGCAGUUAUAUGACAACAAAGGAAUCACAUAUCUCUUUGAUCUGGAUUAUGAAUCUGAUGAAUUCACAGUGGAUGCAGCCCGAUAUGGAAAUGUGUCUCAUUUUGUGAAUCACAGUUGUGACCCAAAUCUUCAGGUGUUCAAUGUUUUCAUUGAUAACCUUGAUACUCGUCUUCCCCGAAUAGCAUUAUUUUCCACAAGAACCAUAAAUGCUGGAGAAGAGCUGACAUUUGAUUAUCAAAUGAAAGGUUCUGGAGAUGUAUCUUCAGAUUCUAUUGACCAUAGCCCUGCCAAAAAGAGGAUCAGAACUGUAUGCAAAUGUGGAGCUGUGACUUGCAGAGGUUACCUCAACUGAAUUUUCAGGAAACAGAGCUGAUGAUAAUUGUAGUUUUCUCCUCCCCUAAUGUUAACACUUUAAAAAUAAGUAUUUGGGACUCUUUCUUAUUAUCAGGAUUAUACUUAUGUUAAUCUACAAUUCAUGUUUCAAGACAUUUGCCAAAUAUAUUACUGUUGCUUCUGAAGAGGACACAGGGUCAUGUAACCGAAUUUAAAGUAUACAUAUUUGGUGGUUAGACAUCAAACAUGGAAGACAACUAUGGCUCAGCAUGUACAUACUUAUGAAGUCUGUGUGAACAGAGAAGUGCUCCCUUUACUGUUUGAAACGUGUUAAAAUGAUAAUGCUGAGAUGAAAAAUUCAUCUUGCCUUAUACAUUGGUUUCAAAGAAAUAGUUGAAUUUGGGCUGUAUACAAGUUCUAUUUUUGUUACUAUAUUCCUGUUUAAUACCCACUGGUCUUGUUUUUGAGACAAAUAGGUGAUACUGAAUUUUUUUACUCUAAUUUUCUACUUUUUCAUUAAAACCUUGGCAUUUUCAUGAUAUAAAAAUUAAGGUAUAAAAUUAAAUAUAAAAAAAUUUAAUUUUAAUUUUAGCUUUAUUUCAUAUUUUGAAGUGAUCUAGACCAUUAUAAAGGCUGUAUGUCUCAACCUGAAAUUCUUACAUGAUUUUAAUCCUGUAGAAUAAAAAUCUCCAAAAAGCCCUCCCUAAAGGUCCAGAAUGACUGUCUAUUAUGAUUCCUUGAAAAGGACAGGACAGGUGAACCAGCAGGCUUUUUGGAGUGCCAUGGCAGGGGAAAUGGAGCACUUUGAGCACUCCACUUAGCAUGAAACAGGAGAUCCAUGUUGAGUGUCUCUGGUCUAAACCUUGAAACAGGAGACCUGGGGAGCAGCUAUACUUAAUGAUAAUGUAAUACAUCCUAUCUUUACAUCCUCUCAAUUUUAGGCAGUUUUAACGUUUCCUUUCCAUCAGAUUCAAUUAUUUUUAUAUUUCCUGCAGGUUCUUAUUAAAAAGUAAUCUAUAUUUGAACUGAUACUUGUUUUAUAUAUGAAUUUUUUAGAUAUGAUAAAGCUAAACUUGGCCAAAGUCUAUGCCUGAAUUGAGACCUUUUAUUAGUUAAUAAUGACUGAAUGGAAAGAUUUUCCCCAUGUAUAGUAAAACCUCAAUCAGGAAAACUGUUUUCAUCUCUGAUUCUAAUCAUGGUGUACCAACAUGAAGAUGCCACAAACCUAGCUUCCAGUAUUCCUAGUUAAUCCUGCCUAAGCUCACUGCUCUAGGCUUUAAUGACCUACAGUAACCUGGGGUACAUUGAACUGAUUCAAGAAUGUAGUACUUUAAAAUAUCUUCUUGAUUCUUAACUCCUUUUUUGUACACUUUAUUAUUCACUAUAUUGCUAUCACAUGACUUUGCUCUUUCAUAAUGUAGGAAAAAUUGUUUGCAUGUUUGGAGCCUCAUAGUGUCUGCUAACCAAAAAUUACAGAAUGUGUCAAGAAAAAAUAUAUUUUUAAAUAGCAUUUCUUGUGUUUUCUUUAUAAAAAUUUAGUUACAUGAUUUCAGUGGUAAGAAAGUAUCACAAAUUUAUAGGUUGCCCCCCUGGUGGCAAAGCUUAUUUUGAAUUAUCAUUUCCAUAGGUUUAAAGGUUUAAGUUUUUAGUCAGUAUUUCACUAUCUAAUUAUUUAAUCUCAUCUACUGUCUGGGUUUUUAAAAAGAUGUAAAACUGGAGGACAAAGGGAAAAAGACUUUUCUUCUUGUUUUGUCCUUACUAAUAGAAAUUUAAUGGGCCUUUGAGAUUUUGAGUACUUGGGUUACGUCUAUGUUAAAAAGCUGAAUUUAGGUAGUAAAAUAAUAGAAACUAUUAAAACGAGGCUUUUAGAGACUUUAACUAUUUUAGUCAACAUUUAGUUUUAAAUCAACAUUUAGUUUCUUCAUUUUGAUUUCCUAAAGACAUCAGAAUUUGUUCUCAAUAUAAUGCAGGUAUUCUAGGGUAACAGAACACAUUUGAACUAUAAAUCUAUGCAAGUUGUAAGACCAUCAUUUCCAGUAUUAAUGUAGGAUUGUAAUACACAAUUGGAAAUCUUAUGAGUUUUUCUCCAAAUUUUCAAAAUUUAGACUGUACUUCUUUUAGUUCAGUUUCUCCUUAGCAAAAUAAAUUUAGUUUGGCAUUUGAUAUUCCAUUUACCAAGGCUUAACUUUAUUUGCUUUUGAAUGUUUCUAGUAGAAUGCAGAAAGAUUUUGAUAAUUAUCUGCUGAUGAGAUUAACCAAAGAUUUCUAGACAGUUCCUUUAUGGGUUCAUGCAUUUGAGUAUUAAAAGUAUAAUUGAACGUAGUUAGCACAAUAUGGAAAGAUAUUGUGUAUUUGAAAUUUUUAUGCUAUUAAUUAUUAGGUCCUUAAACUAACUAUUGUAAGUUUGCCUUGAAAUACAAAGAAAUUUUAGAAUUCAGAACUAGUAUUUAUUGAAUAAGGCUUAGGUAUAUGUAUAUACUAAUGUACUUCUCAUAAAACUAGAAGGUUGUUGCUGUCAUUCCUUUAUUAGACCUAAGAAUUAGACUGGCUAGGUAACAUUAAUGUGCUCAAGAUCAUCCAGUUACUAGGCUGAAAACUAUAUUUUAUAAGUACUCAGGGAUAGUUAAAAAAAAUCAGUUUCUAUUCUUAAAAUUUUUAGGUCUUGGGAUUCAACUUUUUUCCCACUUUAACAAUUAAUAGUUCUGGAAGUAAAAAUCAAGUAGCAACUAAAUUAGUCCUGACUGUUUUUAUACUAUAUUAUUAGUUAAUAAUGACUUGAAUAGCAUAGUGCUUAAGAGCAGACUGUAAAGUCAAAUUGCUUGUGUUUGAAUCCUGGCUUUGCCCCUUACUGGCUAUGUGAACUAACCUGUUGUGCCUUCAUCACCUAUUCCUCAAAGGAUAAUUAUGAGAAUUAAAGCAUAUGUGUGUGUAUAAAAAAACUUUUUUUUACAGAAUAAGCACUGAUAAGUAUUAUCACUCAAAACCUCUGCUUUAAAAUCUGAUGACCUCUACAAGUAUGUUGAAUUAGUCUGUAUUGCUCUUAGCCCUUGAAUUCAGCCAGCAUUUUUACCAGACAUAAAAAUGGUGUGAUUGUAAAAUGCUAGGAAUAUAUUCAGAAGAAUGUUUACUGGUAUUUUUGAAUGCCUAUCUUGAAUCAUAAGGUAUACUAUUAAAACUAAGUCUUAAGCAUUAAUGACUAUUAUACAAACAUAUAGUUAAUCUAGUAUGGUGGAUCCAGGAUUACUUUUUGGUCUUAUUAGAUGCAACAUCAAGAUACAAAUCAUUGUCCAUUUAAUCUACAAAUUGUGAGAUACCACUAAAAAGUGAUGUCUCAGCUCUGAUUAAUGUGAAAUGUCAGCAUACAGAAGUUUUUGAAUGUUUGUAAAGCUUUAUUGAUUUCUCAGAAGCACUGGUGAACUUAAAUUUAAUGACUCUGAACAUAUAGUCAUUUAAUUCAUAAGCAUUUUCUUUUACAUUCUUAUUGUUCUAGUUUUACCACUGUAUUCAGAUCAACAGUUUAAAGUGAUAGAACAUCUUUUGAGAGUAACGGUGAAUUCCCCCCCAUAAACAUCAAUUUAUAGAUUGUUAUUCUAAUUUUUUAUAAUCCAAGAUGUAUCUUUGUGAAUGUUCAUGUGCACUUGAAGGAAGUGUGUUCUGCUAUCAGGUGCAGUGUUCUGUAAAUGUAAAUUAGAUCCAGUUGACUGAUGGUGUUUAGUUCUAUAUUCUUGAUUUUCUGUAUUUAUACUAGUUCUCUUACAAAGAGAAGAAUGUUAAAAUCUAAUUGUACAUUAGUUUGCUUUUCCUUUUGUUUCAUGUAUUUUUGACUGUUAAGUGCAUGCAAAUUUAGGAUUCUUAUGUCUUUUUGGUAACUUGAACCUUUUAUUCAGAAAUUGAUAUUUGUAUAGUUAGUCCAACUUUUAGUAUUUAAAUGGUGUCUCUUUUCCAUCCUUUUAACUUACAUCAUUUGAACUGAGUUUCUUAGAGACAGCAUGUAAUUGGGGUAUGUUUCCCCAAAUGUCUUUCCAUUGACGUGUGUUUUGCUGCUGUCUUUUAGGAUAUUUGAAGAUUUUUAAGUAUUCCAUUUAUAUAUCUAAGAAUGAACAUUUUUUCUUUCAACUAUUAUAUUCUCACCUGUUGCCAGUUUCUCAUAUAAAUACUGUAAAUGCUCUCGUUUAGGUAGUUCUGCUUCUGGAGUUGAGGGAAUUUCAAAAUCAGAGGAACUCUGUGAAUCUGAAUGUGUGCUAAAAUUUAGCGACCUGUUUUUCUCAGGUAUGUGUUUCCCACAACUCAGAGUAGUUGGUUCUCCAAUGUUAGGAACUGUGGUUAUUUCUGAAUCUCUGCUUUUUAAAUCAGAGUAAGUGUCCUUUGGGCAAAGUACGUUUUGUUCCAUCUGGGAGGUAGGAAUACUCUCUUUGGUUUUUGGUCUGUAGGCACCUUUGUUCAAAGAGGUAAUAUCCCCACCAUUUUUCUCUUGGGAAGAUAACAAAACAGUAUCAGAUUGGCUAUCCCAGCCUUGACUUCCUUGUUCUGUUAUGUGUGUUGACUGAGAAGAAUUCUGGGAGGAGAUGUGUGUUGAUUCUCCAUCAGAGUCACUGAAAAGCUUCGGUGACUGAGAUCCUCCCGUCUCUGUGGAGGAAGGGAAGUUUUCCAAACCCUCAUCUGUGGUGUCAUCUUUUCUUUUAAAGAAUACUUCCCACUGUGGUACAUCCACAUCAACCUUUUGCUGGGGAAGCGUUACAGGGCCCAGAUCUUCUUGCACUGAAGAUGGGAUUUCUAAUUCUUCCUCACUUUCACUAUUGGAUUCUUCACAAUCUAUAAAAUUGGUCAAAAGAGAGUUUUGUGUACUCUCUGUUUUGAAACAUCCUGUGCUUUGUCUCAGUUUUUCAGGCUGGUUUUGUGAUAUUGUAGUCAUCGAAAAUACCUCAGGGUGAAGAAUUAGCUGGUAUGGAACCUUGUGCCUUAAUGGUACUGGCAGAGGGUCAUCGAAGAGUUCAUCCUCCUCCUCUAUAGAACAACAAUUAAAAAAAAAAAAGGUUUAUAAGAAACAAGGUAAAUGGAGUCAAUUUCUAUUUUCAAUAAAGAUUUAAUUUGUAGCAUUUACCCAGGGUUUAAAUUCUUGAAACAGCAAAAAAUGGAGAGGCUCCUUUUUUUUCCAAAGAUAAAAUCAAAAGGCCUCUUAUUGGGAUAUGCUGAAUAAUCUAUCAUCCUUCUUGGAUUUUUGUAAUGCCACACCAUUAGUAGAGAAUAUAAGUCAAGUGGUUCUUAAAUCUGAUAAUUAGGAUGAUAGGGAGAACUGUUAAAAAAAAUGUUUCUAGAUCUCAUUCCAGAGAUUGUCUGGUGAAGGUUGGGCCAAAUAAAAUAUUGCAGCUGGUUCUGCUCAUCAACCAAGUUUAUAAACCCUGUCUGCUCUGCAAACAAUAGGUGCCUAGUGGAUUGGCUGCUUUAAUAAAGAGUUGAUCCCUCCCCUCCA